AUGAAACAAGCAGCUCCGAUUCAAGACCUCGGAAACCAACUACUGAUCGAAACACUCACACCCGGGACUACGAACUUCUCAAUAAACGCGAGAGAUGAGAGACACAUAACUCUCGACGAAUCAGACAGUCUUCGGACAGAUCGCCCAGGUCUGGAGAGAUAUCAAUUGAAUCGAGAUGCAGCCAUCGGAGGUCACUCGUAUGACUUCGCUGAGCUGUAUGUGGAGCAUCGCGAGUGGCAGGAACAGGUGAAGAAAGUCAACCAACGACUCAAUGAAUACGUUUGGCAAACGAUAAACCUGCGCGAACAUCCAAAGCUUAUGCAUGAGACGCAUGCUCUGAUAGAGCUAGUCGAAUCGCUAAUAAGCGAACGGGAUGAGCGAGCCAUAAAAUUCGAAAUUGCCUUGCAUGCUAGAAAAUUAGCAGACGAGGAGGACGCAGAAUUGAGGGAAAGAAAUAGUAGUUCUUCAGAUACCCCAGUGGAAGAGGGGCCAAGAACCAAGAUCAACACUGCAGAUAUGGUGGAGUGGUUUCAAGCGAUCUCUGAACUUUGGGAGGAGGAUAAACAGAGUGUUGCGAACAUCCACGCCGCAUAUCGUGCUGUUUGCAAUGGAGAAUAUCCUAAUAUUCGAGAAGCGUUGGAGGAUGCAGUCAGCUUAUAA